CAGCAAACUACCGCCUCCACACAUCAUCUAGGGUUUAACAAGAAGAAGAAGAAGAAGAAGCUCAAUUCGACUAAUUUUACAAUGGGCCGAAUUGAGACACUGGGACUCCACAACAAGAUCUCAGAACUUCGAUCCAUCACUCCCAACACAGAGCGGAGAAAAUGGAAGAAGAUUGACUGUUCUUCCGCCCCUUUGCGCCGUUCCAAUCGAUUGAAAGGAAUUCCAUUGGAGGACCCUUUACAUGGGAGUAGGGAAGGGAAAACAUGUGGUGACAAUGAGGGAAAGCGCCAAGGUGGUCUUGAUGUGGAUGAACCUCACAUUGAGAUGGAAGAAGUUAGAGCAGCGUGUAACUAUGAAGACCUUCGCAAAGCGCGUAUUUUGGAAAACAAGGCUCGGCUGGAAAGUCUGGGACUUCAAAAGACAAUAUCAGAACUUCGGUCCAUAUCUGGAAAGCCAAUAUUGCAAAAGAGGAAGCGGAUCAAGAUUGACUAUUCUGCUGGACCUUUGCGUCGUUCCACUCGGUUGAAAGCAAUACCGUUGAAUUGCCCAACCUUGGAUGGAAGUAGGGAAGGGAAACCACAUGGCGAAGAUGAUUGCAAGUAUCGUGGCAAUCUUGAUGUGGAUGAACCUCGCAUUGAAAUGGAGGAAGUCAAAGUAACAUGUGACUAUGAAGACCUCCGCAAAGCACGCAUUUUGGAAAACAAGGCUCGACUUAAAAGUCUGGGACUUCAAAAGACAAUAUCAGAACUUCGGUCUAUAUCUGAAAAGCCAAAAUUGCAAAAGAGGAAGUUGAUCAAGACUGAAUAUUCUCUUGAACAAUUUCGUCGUUCAACUCGCGAGAAAAGCAAAAUGAGCAACCAUACAGCUCCAGUGAAGGUUGAAGAAGAUGAAUACUCUGAGUAUAAUGCUCACAGGCCUUUGCCUUAUGCUCUGGAUCGCCGUUGCUCAAGCAAAGCUAGGGGCAGUGUGUAUGACCCUGUCUAUGGAAUUUGUUGUCACUUCUGCAGGCAAAAGAAACUUUGUGGUGAAGACGACUGCAAGCAUUGUGGUGAUCUUGACUUGGACCAGCCAUGCAUAGGAAAGACUGAUUGUUCAUUUUGUCAUUCUACCAAUGGCGUCCUUUGCCGAGCUUGCCUCAAGGUUAGAUAUGGCGAAGAAAUGGAGGAAGUGAGAUCAAAUAAAGAAUGGAUGUGCCCUCACUGUGUUGAAGAUAAAGGGAUCAAUCCAUACUGGAUUUGCAAUAGUUCAUUUUGUUUGAAGAAGCGGCGGAUGGCUCCAACGGGGAUAGCGAUAUACAGAGCUAGGGAGAUGGGAUACAAGUCAGUGGCACAUCUACUAAUGGAUGAGCUUAAGAAGUGAAGACAACCGAUAUUGCCAUAAACCCAUUUUAACAGAUAGGGACUCUGUGACUGUUCUAGGAUCACGGUUUGUAGGACUCUGUACCCUUGGAAGCAAAGGUUCAACGGUUCAUAGGACUCUGUUGGUUUACAAAGUUGAGGGAGAGAACCAAAGUCUUGUGCUUCUUCUGUAUCUUCCAUUUUUAUGUAAAGGGAUGUAUAAUUGAGCAGUUGAGAAGCACUUAAUGUAUUGUACACUUUUGCAUAUAAAGAUUUAUUUUGGGAAAGUGCAAUGUUGGGUUUAAGUCACUCAAAAUUCAAUUAAAAUUAAUGUGAUGGG